CAACUUCCGUCACUUAAACAUCAAAUUCGUGUAUUAGGAAUUCACGAUAAUUCAACGACAAUGAAUAAAUCAGAUGAUUUUAGAUGUGUAAUUAAAGUUCUGUAUUAUUUACAUAAAAUCAUGCAAAGAACAUAGAAUGAAACGAUUUACGGAGAAAGUGCAUCAUGAGCAACAAAAGGAGGUGGUUUGGGUAAUGCGCGAGGAUGUUGACGAACAAUCAGAUCAAGCUGUCGCAAAACGGAAAUCAAAUGAGGAACAGGAAGACGAUUCUCUUAAAACACCAAUUGUGUACUCAAAAAGUUACGGAGUGCGAUUUUGUGGUAUGGAAAAAUUGCAUCCUUUCGAUGCGGCUAAAGGAUCACACGUAUUGAAAUUCUUACUUCAGAAUGAAAUAUUUCGUCGCGGACGAUUUUAUGAGCCUAGUGAAAUAACAAAGACUGAGCUUCAAAAGGUCCAUACACGCAAAUAUUUACGCAGCUUGAAGUGGAGUGUGAAUGCAGCUAAGAUAUCGGAAAUUCCUUUGCUACUUUUUGUACCUAACACGUUUGUACAGCGUGGCUACUUGCGUCCCAUGCGCUUUCAAACUGCUGGUUCUAUAUUAGCUGGUAGUCUGGCAAUACGUUACGGAUGGGCUAUUAAUUUGGGCGGAGGAUUUCAUCAUUGUUGUGCCUACAGAGGUGGUGGAUUCUGCCCUUAUGCAGAUAUUACUUUGCUUAUCACAAAAACUUUAGAAGAGGAGCCAAAUGUUGAGACAGCAAUGAUUGUGGACUUGGAUGCGCAUCAGGGAAAUGGACACGAACGUGAUUUUUACGAGAAUGAAAAAGUAUUCAUUUUGGAUAUGUACAACGCUUCCAUAUAUCCACGUGAUCAUGAAGCCAAAUUGGCCAUAAGUUGUGCGGUGGAACUCAAACCACGCACAGCGGAUGGAACUUACUUGAAAAAAUUGAAAAGAUCUCUAAAAUACGCUUUGAGUGAGUUUCGUCCAGACUUAUUGGUAUACAAUGCUGGUACGGAUAUACUUUUGGGCGAUCCUCUGGGCCAUUUAUGUAUAACACCAGAGGGUGUUAUGGAACGAGAUCAAUUCGUGUUUGCUACUUGCCGUGAGGAACGCAUUCCAAUCGUAAUGUUGCUCAGUGGUGGCUAUUUAAAGUCCUCUGCUAAGGUUAUCGCCGAAUCAAUUGUUAAUCUCAAAACGAAAGGUCUGCUUGUCUGCUAAAUUCUAUAUUAUUUUGAGUUUAAUACACUGACUUUGGGCAAUUGAUAAUUGACACGCUUAAUGCAGAUACAUAGCAUAAAAUUAAAUUAGAAGAAAUGUAUGUACAUACUUAUGUAUAGUUUACCAAAAUAGGUGUUUCUUGAACUAAAUUGUUUUAAAAAAGUCCUUAUUGAAAAACUAAUAAUAUACACUUAUGUUUUUCCAUAGGGUUGAGAAUAUA